AACAGUGCUUCAGGGUGAUUCUACAUAUAAACCAUUCUAAAAGAAGGGUCUACGGGGUCCCAAGGACGGCAAAACCGAAAGAAAUGGGCAGCGGCAACGCCAUGAGAGAUACCACAAAACGCUGCGUUCUUCUGUUGUCGGAGAGGCGAUUACGCAUAGCCGGUGUCGGUGUCUUCGCCAAAUCACCGUCGCUUUCGAACCAGCUGCAACAAUGGAGAGCCUACGCUCAAUUUCCUCGCGUAAUGAACGGAGGCAGGGCUUACGAAUUCUCUCAUCCUCUUCGUACAACAUUUCAUUUCCCUAAGCGUUCGUUUUCCUCGCCGACAUCUUCACCUUCUUCGACUUCUAAUUCAAAUACUGGAUUCGUGGGAUGGUAUUUGGGAAAGCUCCAAUCACGCCCGAUUAUAACUAAAAGUAUCUCGUCCUCGCUCAUUUACGCGGCCGCUGAUAUUACUUCCCAGAUGAUCACAUCAACUUCUGGUUCUAUUGAUUCAAUAAGGACUCUACGAAUGGCUUCAUAUGGAUUACUAAUUUUGGGUCCAUCACAGCAUAUGUGGUUUAAUUUUGUGUCCAAAGUCUUGCCAAAGCGGGAUGUGCUGACAACGUUGAAGAAAAUUUUUAUGGGGCAGGCUUUAUUUGGACCUUGUGUUGCUAGUAGUUUCUUCUCCUAUAAUGCAGCUUUACAAGGUGAGAGUGGCAGUGAGAUUGUUGCCAGAUUGAAACGAGACCUGCUCCCAACAUUGAUUGGUGGUCUGAUGUACUGGCCCGUUUGUGAUUUCGUGACAUACAAAUUUGUACCUGUUCAUCUUCAGCCAUUGGUGAACAGUUCAUGCUCAUAUGUAUGGACCAUUUAUUUGACGUACAUGGCAAGCUUACAGAGAGUGAGCACUGAUUAGUCUCACUUCAGGCGUAUUCAUGUUUGAGUUGUUCUCUGUUUUCCAAGAAUCAAGAGGAAAAGCGUGAUGUUGGGCACUCUUGGUCCUCAUUAUAUAUUGUUUCAGGAUUCUUGACCUUCUACUUCCUUCUGCUGAAGUUUCUCUCCGUGGAGCCAAAGCAGUGGAAGAUUUAUCGUGAAAUGGAGUGGUGGCGUAAGGUGGUGUUUCCCGUGCAAAGAGUUUGGAAGGGCGUUGCAUGCCGACUUGGAAUUCGUAAAAACGUCUAAAUGCGGGUGUUGAUUAGGAUGUAGAGAAUCCAAUGGGAAAUUGCCCUGGUUCCUUCCUGCUGAUGGAGUUUUUCUUCGUUUUUCUUAAUUUGAUUCGGUGAUUUCACAAUCAUUGCUAUUGCAUUAACAAGUUAGUUAGUGGGCGGGGCGGGUUGUCUGUAAUCUUUCAAUUAUUAUUGGACCUAUGACGAAAAGUUGUCUGCUUUUCUUGUAGAAACUGUGCAACUGGAACAAUCUGUAGCACUUUUCUUUUUAGUUUAUAAUAUUUCUCAUAUGCUAUA